AUGAUGAUGAAGCUGUCAGUGUUGUUGCUGCUGGCUCUGCAGACUGCAGGACUCCUGUCCAAAGAUCUGGACAUCGAAAACAACACAGAGGACAUAGAUGAUGGUGAGCCUGAAAUCAACGCUAACCAAUCAAUGCCUGCAGAUGUGCUGUUGAGUGUUGCCAACUUAAGUGCGAGCGCGCAGUUCCAGACGUCCGUCUACACUGCUAACGUCGGCACCGUCCUGGAAUGGGUGACCUGGAACAACUUUCUCCCCAGCAAUUCUGUCUCAAUCGACAAUAGAUAUGUUGAUCGCAUUGACUAUGUCUGCAAAUACAAGUGUAACGCUGGCUUUUAUAACCCUGACAUGGGCCCUUAUUGCCGCUACCCCAGUGCAGGAAAUACACAACUUGGUUACCCAUUCGAGGUCCUGGUAAACAAAGAUAACUUUGAGAUCCUGGAGUGGAAGGAUGAUUCGUAUGGUUCAGUGCCCAAGAAUUCAGUCAGGAUCUGUCCCGGGCAGGAUGUGUAUGUAGGGAAGGACGAAUAUGGACUUGGGGAGGUGAUUACUCAGGAUAAAUACUUCUACUUGCCUUGGAAGUGGUCUGUGUAUAAGUACCAUGACUACCAGGUCCUGACCAUCAAUAAGAACAUAGUCAGCCAGCGGAUCUACGAUGUCAAGUACAACACUGGCAACUCAAAGGUACUCAAUUAUCCUCCAGAGACAGUGCGGGAAACUUCCAUCAAGAACUAUGAGUGCCACCCAGUGGUGACAACGGCUACACUCUCAACGACAAUGGAGGUGGAGCACAGGUGGGACAUUGGCUUUUCCAUUGAAGUCGGUGUUGAAACUACCAUCGAGGCCGGAAUUCCCUUCGUUAUCUCCACAGGUGUUACAUUCAGCACUGAGGGGACGUUCAAGUUCUCCUGGCAAAACACGGUGGUGAAGUCCAGCACUGAAACUAUCUCUGUGCAGCUCACUGCCCCACCAAACAGCUCCUGCAUGGCUUGGAUGGUGGAGUAUAAGUACAAAAUUAGCAUCCCGUUCACAGCAUUCAUCACACGCACAUACGCUAAUGGAGAGACCCGCACCAUGCCGAUCACGGGAACGUAUGACAGCGUUCAGGUUAAGGAAGUCCAGGCCUUGACGAAACGAUGUCAGCCUCUCAUGGACCCUGAGCCCUGUUAAUGAAAUUCAAGAAGUACCAUAUGAUGUUUGACAUACCAUGUGUCUGAUCAGUCCCUUGAUUUUGCUGAUUUUCUCAAAAAUUGUGAUAGAAAUUUAAAUGUUUGAUGUGCUCUUACUGAAGAUGUGAUUUAAAAAAAAAAAAUAAUGCCAAUGAAGAGUCUUCUGUAAUCACUUCCUUCAAUGAAAACCAUACUGUAUAAAACAAAAACAAAUACAUUCCAGUGGGUUUCUUUUAAUGCAUUUCCUGAACAAGAAAACCAUGGGGUCAAAGUUAUAUUCAAUAGAAAAUACUAAUUGCUUUGCAGCUAUUCCACAAAUGUGCCUUAUUCAUUGAUUUCACCAAUCAAGCUGCCAAUUAAACUUAAUUUUUUUAAAAAUUGACAUGGUUCUGAACUUGUUUCUCUAAGAUUCACAAUUAGAUAUUGUUUUCAUUUUCUUUGAUUAUAUGCAAAUAGUUAUAAUCAUGAUAUCUACCCCUCUAUGUCAUAGAACCACCAUCAUUUUGUAUAAAAUUGUUCUAAUUUCUAAUUAGUGCCACGGGUUCUCAGCACCGAGGCACUGCACUCCAGAAGCUGGAAAGGAGUGCCUCGGGCCACUUCUCCAUACUUCUUAUUCUUCCGCCAAAUUUUGGCAUGCAACUCCUCCCGCAGCUUUGAGAAAACCCCGACAAUAUAUACAUCAAAACGUGCGGCUCAAUCAGGAAAGAGGUGCUAUGACUUUUGGUGUUGAAAUUCCAAUUUUUUAGUUAUUCCCAAAAAACCAGGAGAUUUCUCCAUUGGAAAUGAAUGGGAAUUUUUUGAAAACCCCCCAAAAUUUCACCUUUUUCAGAGUCACCUAGCUCUCUCAUACGUGCACGUAGAAACGUGAUUCAAACUU